AUGCUAGUAACUAUGAUCGUCAAGCCAACGAGCACAGUGCACCGCCAGAGCCGUUCAUCGUGUGGCGGAAGUGGGGGUUCGGAGGGUUCAGAGGGUCGUGCGUCUUGGCGUGUAACGCUGGACCACGACCUCGUGGAGACCCUGAGCGCCAUCUAUCCUGAGUGGUUCAAGCCCCAGCAGCGCCGGGAGCGUAGUCGCGCCGCCUCGCCGGUGUCGCCCGCUUCGCCACCGCGCACACCCUCUACACCACCUUCUGACGAUACUUUUAGUUCUGGUGCGGAGGAGAUGGCCGGUCGGCAAGCGGGCAGCAGCGGUGCCAGCGAGCCGCCGAGCUCGCCCCGCGUAUCUCCUCCGAAAGUGGUUGUUGAUGACAGCCCCCUACAACCCGCCAUGGGAAAACACAAGGAAUCUUUAAAAGUGAAGUUGAUGAAUCGGCGGCCUUUUAAUCAGUUGGUGGCCCAAGGAAUAAUGCCUCCACUAAAAACGCCACCAGCGUAUUUCGAACAAUGCAAGCAAUUAGAAAGAGCAAAAACAGGAGACUUAUUGAAAGCAAAAAUACAACGACGACCAGACCGACAAGAACUAGAACGAAGACAUAUCUUAGAACAGGAGAGCCAUGUGGAUCCUAGUUUAGCUGAAAAACAGCGGAUGUUGAAGAAAGCUCGCCUCGCAGACCAACUCAAUGACCAGCUCUCUCAUCGACCGGGCCCACUCGAGCUCAUCAAGAAGAAUAUUCUCCACACAGAGGAGAAUAUCGAAACUGCUGUCAAAAGCGGCACACUCGCUUUCAAAGCUACCAGCGAAGGUGCCUCGGGGAGACCACAACAUCCCUCCUCAUACUGUGGUCCACCGGAAGAAGUUUCUCCAUCACCAUCGCCGCCAUCUACCUUAUCGCCCGUCAGUGUCGCUUCGCCACCACAGCACCCGGCGCCGGGCAAAGACAAAAAUCGGAAGAAAAACAAACAAAAACAACAACCGAAAGGGACGAGACUUAAGUUUCACGAGUACAAAGGACCACCAAACGCGCAAAAGGCGUCCUCACCUCCCGGAUCUGUGGAGACACCUUACGAGCUCUUGUUACAGCAGCAACAACUACUCCUACAGCUCAUGCUGCCCGCCUCACCCGCGCCUUCUUCCGCGUCCGUCGCGUCAGACUGCAGCGAUGUGUACUCAGCGCCGCCGCCUCCACCACCUCCGCCCGCACCCGCUACCCCGUCGCUUAUAGCGCCCGCGCGCUUCGAAGAUAUGAAGGUAUCAGAUUUGCGUGCCGAGUGUAAAAGACGCAAUCUUCGCGUGUCCGGACCAAAACCUCAGCUUAUUGACCGACUACGGCCUUUCCUUUUUGAGAAGGCGGAGGAGCCUUUGCGGUCCCCUGCGUCGGUGGCCUCGAUGGUUUCCGUCGCCUCCCCCGAGGUCAAGAUUGAACCUGAACCCCCCGAGGAUAUCGUGCAGUCCCAACGACGACAGAUCGAGGAGCUCGAACGAAAGCUGGAAGCUUCGCGUCAACAGCUGGAGGCGGUACGACGAGACGCGGCGGGCGCUGCCGCCAGCGACCAGAGCCGUCGCCUCCUGCAGGCGCACUUGUGCGUGUCGCAACUGCGCGCGCAGCUGGACGCGCUGCAGGCUGCACCGGCGCCGGCUCCCGCGCCUCCACGGUAUGUGCUUGCUGCGGCCGACACAGCGCCCGAGCGCCUGGUUCGCCUCUUCACCGUGACGCAGCCGGCGGCCUCGGCCGAGCGCGCCGGCGAUGCGCAGCCGAACAAAACUGCCAACUCCACCUACAUUCUGAAUGGGGUGAAAGUGGUACCCAUUGCCAUCCUCCCCACGGCCCACUACGAGCCGGAGCCCACGCCGCCGCCGCCUCCCCCUCCUCCGCCGCCACCUCCGCCGUUGCCGCAGGUCACGCUACCUACCGGAAUUCACGAUCGUACAGAGAAUAGUCAAAUUAUGGAUGAUGUCCUAGAGAUUCUCGUGGAAAACGGUGAGUUACCGCCGUCGGCAGUCGGUGAUGCGACAGUAGCUCAAACAUUGAACGCUAAUUAUGCUCCAUCUACACCGACCACGUUCGUUCCCACGGACGUUUUAACCGACGACGUGUUAGGCGAUAAUCAUGUUCGCGAUUCUUUGGCUGCGGACGAGUUGCAGAGAGAGCUCGACGAUAUUCAGAACGAAAUCAUGAGUCAUGCCGAUCUCCACGCCGUGAAUGCCAGUCGAUGUGCGGUCGAUCAGUCCUCGAACGACAUCGACACGGAUCUUACCGUAGAUUUACUUUCGAAUGGAGAUUUUCACGCUGAUUUCGGCUCGGAUCCCAAUUCGGCCGACAAUGACGACUUUUUCGGCAGCCUUCUUUCCGGAGACAGUAUAGAUCGAAGGGAUGACAAAACACAUAUAGCUAUGGAAAUCGAAGAGGACGUCCCGGAGAGAAUGAGUAUGACUCCUCUGACAAACGGCGACAUACUCGAUCACACGCGAUCCGGAUUCGAGUACAUGGACGACCUGUCUUUACCGUCAUUCCAAAACGAGGACACGAGACACGAUACUUUCGAAGAGCGAGGUUGCGAGUUCGACCUGAAGGAGUUCGGCAUCGACGCCGGUUCGCAUAUGAACGUGGACAGCGACGGGUUCGACUACAUGAGCACGGAGAUCAUCCCGAACCUGUUCGGGCGGGGCCACGUGCCGCAGUGCGACCCGCUGCUGGGCGGCGUGCUGUCGCGGCCAGCGCCGCGGCCGGCGCGCAAGCACUACUCGUGGGAGCGCAUCGAGUACGACGCCACCUGA